AUGGGGAUAUCUAGAAAGCCUGGAUUCAUUGAGAGAUAUUACAUAUGUCGUAAUGUUGAACGUUAUUAUACCAAUUUGAGUAUUAUUGUGGAAAUUGAUAAGAUCGUAGAUGCCGACUUAAUCUCAAAUGCUUUAAGAAACAUGGUCCUAAAAAAUCCAUGGUUCACUCUAAAUUUUUAUCGAAUUGAUGAUUCAAUACUCGACUCUGAAUCCAAUGGUCACAACUUCGAGGUGCGACCUGUUAAGCACAUAAAGUUUACAGACGUUGUAAAAUUUGAGACGAUUACGUCAUCUGUUGAUGAAGAUUUGCUAGAAGGUAUAAAUAAACUCAAUUGCCCAAUGAAUGAAUUAUGUUUACCUCUUUGGAGAAUAAUUGUCUAUCAGAAUGAAGAACAGCCCGCCAAGCAGUACAUAUGCUUUUAUUGCGACCACUCAUUGUUUGAUGGCGUGGCUGCGUUAGAGUUCCAAAAAGAUUUGUUAAAGGAAAUUUCAGAUGUGUAUUGUUCGAAAUCGACAGCUUUUCAAGAAUUUUUAUUUGAAUUGGAAGCUGAUGUGGAUCCAGAUCACUAUGAAGUUCCACAGGCCAGGGAAAACGAAUUCGAUUUGUAUGAGACACCUCUAACAGAGGCUUCAAAUUCACGUGUAUCUAAUUCUCUGGUUUUCAAAAAAAACGAAAACAUGACAGGAAUCAAUGAGGCAAAUGGCAAGAAGAUCCUGGAAAAGAGCAAAUUAUUCAAUUAUCCAACGGUGUCCACAAACACUAACUCUCGAUACAGGACAAGUUCAUUUGAGCCAGAAAUAGUGGGAAAGAUGUUAAAGUUUUGCAAAUCUCAAGGAAUUACGCUCACUUCUUACUUCGAUAUAAUAUGCCUCCAAUGCCUUCAGGAAACUGUUUUCAAGGAUAUCAAAAGUAAAGAUGAUGACGAAUUUUCAACUUCUACUUUGCUAGCAGUCAAUGGAAGGAGAUAUUAUGAUACCUCAAAGUUCGUCUAUGGAACUAUGGCUGCGGCAUUAGAGAUGAAUUUUGGACCCAUGCCACCAAUAGAAGAUGCAAAUAUAACUCUUGAUUUGAUGAAGGCAACGCAUAAGGAAGUUGGUGAUAGUAUUACCACAAGGGAAUGCUUUCUUGCCCGAUCUCAACAUAAAGAGUUGAAUAACUGGUCUUAUUUUUCAGCUUAUUUGAAGGGAUCCAAGAUUAAGACAACGUGUGUUUUUUCGAACCUAGGCGUAUUUCAUGAACAUCCAAAUUGUCAUUGGAGAGCAAAGGAUAUAUGGUUUUCCCUGAACACUUCAAUUAUGUAUAACUUCAUUUUCAAUUUGGUGAGUUUGCAAGAAGGCCGUUUAAAACUUGUCUUUGUAUUCAGACAGGAAUAUGAAGAGGUGAUGUCUGAAAAGGAAACUAAAUCUGUAGAUAAUUUAAUGAAGCUUCUCGAAACUAAAUUAGCAGACUUCUGCUCUUAA